AAAGCCAAGCUAGGCCCAGGUAAGAAGGUCAUCACCGAGACGGACGACAGCCACUCCAGCCAGCAGACUCAGAACAGCCUGGACCAAGUCAAACUCAGCGACUUCACCUUCCUGGCUGUACUGGGGAAAGGGAGCUUUGGCAAGGUCAUGCUUGCAGAGAUGAAGGCCUCUGAGGAGCUCUACGCAAUAAAGAUCCUGAAAAAAGACGUAGUGAUCCAGGAUGAUGACGUGGAAUGUACUAUGGUGGAGAAGAGAGUCCUGGCCCAGCAGGACAAGCCGCCCUUCCUCACAUACCUCCACUCGUGCUUCCAGACUGUG